AUGCAGAGAUCGCCGCCCGGCUACGGCGCACAGGACGACCCGCCCGCCCGCCGCGAUUGUGCAUGGGCCCCGGGCCCCGGGGCCGCCGCUGAGCCGCGCGGCCUCCCUGCCGCCACCGCCGCCCUCGCCGCGCCCGCCGCGCCCUCCAGCCCGCCGCGCAGCCCGCAGCGCAGCCCCGAGCCGGGGCGCUAUGGCCUCAGUCCCGCCGGCCGCGCGGAGCGCCAGGCAGCCGACGAGUCGCGCAUCCGCCGGCCCAUGAACGCCUUCAUGGUGUGGGCCAAGGACGAGCGCAGGCGGCUGGCGCAGCAGAACCCGGACCUGCACAACGCGGUGCUGAGCAAGAUGCUGGGCAAGGCGUGGAAGGAGUUGGACGCCGCGGACAAGCGGCCCUUCGUGGAGGAGGCCGAGCGGCUGCGCGUGCAGCACCUGCGCGACCACCCCAACUACAAGUACCGGCCCCGGCGCAAGAAGCAGGCGCGCAAGGCCCGGCGGCUGGAGCCCGGCCUCCUGCUCCCGGGCCUGGCGCCCCCGCCGCCGCCGCCGCCGCCGCCGCCCGAGCCCUUCCCCGCGGCUCCCAGCUCAGCGCGCGCCUUCCGGGAGCCGCCGCCGCUGGGCGCCGAGUUCGAAGGCUUGGGGCUGCCCACGCCCGAGCGCUCGCCGCUGGACGGCUUGGAGCCGGGCGAGGCCGCCUUCUUCCCGCCGCCGCCGGCGCCCGAGGACUGCGCGCUGCGGGCAUUCCGUGCGCCCUACGCGCCCGCCGAGCUGCCCCGGGACCCCGGCGGCUGCUACGGGGCGCCCCUGGCCGAGGCGCUCAGGACCGCGCCGCCCAGCGCGUCGCUCGCCGGCCUCUACUACGGCGCCCUGGGCGCGCCAGGCCCGUUCCCUGGCCCGCUGUCGCCGCCGCCCGAGGCCCCGGCGCUGGAGGGCGCGGAGCCUCUGGGGCCCGCGGCUGACCUGUGGGCCGACGUGGACCUCACCGAGUUCGACCAGUACCUCAACUGCAGCCGGACUCGGCCCGACGCUGCCGGGCUCCCGUACCACGUGGCGCUGGCCAAGCUGGGCCCCCGCGCCAUGUCCUGCCCGGAGGAGAGCGGGCUGAUCGCGGCGCUGUCGGACGCCAGCAGCGCCGUCUACUACAGCGCCUGCAUCUCGGGCUAGCGCGCCCGGCCGGCGGCUCCGAGCCCGGGGCCGCGCCCAGCCCCCGCCCCUCCUGGGAGCCCAGGCCUCGCGCCCCGCCGGCCCCGCGGGUCCAGGCAGCGCCCUCCCUUCCUGCCGCGCGUUUCUCCACCAGACUGUAUUUUUACUUUGCCUUUUUAUAUGCAGAACACAAUGUAUUUAAUUUUUAAUUCAACUUUUAAACUUUUCCCUCGAAGGUGUUUCCGUGAUGGGAGCAUCGCCAGCAAGGGCUUCUUGUACAGCGGGGGUUGCCCUGGGCGUCCCGGCCACAGCAGCCGCAAUA